CAUGGAUUGCUUCGUCCUGUUAUACAUUAUCUGGGGGUCUUGUUGAUGUGAUGUAAAGUCGAUGUUGAUUUUAGUAAUUUUAGUAUCCUAUUUGUCAUUGCAAAAAAAUAUCUUAAUCAAUUAACUGCUUUUACAUAUUACUCAAGAAAAUCGUUUCGACAAAAUGCACAAAAUACUCGAAUUUCAGUCCGUAGUAUUGGCUGCUGGCCGUGGAUCUCGUCUCCCCGAUGUUGGUGGAACAGUUUCCAAAUGUCUCUUGCCCGUGGGGCCAUAUCCAGUCCUCUGGUACUCGUUAAACAUGUUGGAAAGAUUGGGAUUUCAAGAAACAAUGGUUGUUAUAUUGAGUGAAGAUCAAUCAAAUAUUAUAAAUGCUCUUGAAAGAUGCCCGUUAAAAAUUAAAUAUGAUCUGAUUGCAAUCCCAUCAGAUGAAGAUUGGGGAACAGCUGAUUCUCUAAGACACAUUAGUAACAGAGUGACUGCAGAUCUAUUAGUUGUGUCUGGUGACUUGAUAACCAAUAUCAAUCUUAAUGAUUUACUAAACUUACAUCGUAAACAUGACUCAGCCCUUACUACACUUUUCUUUAAUAAUGGUUUGGAGCCAUGGAUUGAACUCCCUGGACCAAAAAACAAAAACAAACCUGAUCGGGAUCUUGUUUGUAUAGACAAAGAAACAGAAAGGUUGGUAUUCUUAGCUAGUGCUAGUGAUUUUGAAGAAAAUGUCACUCUUCCCAGAAUCAUUAUUAAAAAAUUUAAUGAUACCAUCUUGUACAGCAGAUUGCUUGAUGCCCAUGUUUAUGUAGUAAAGAAAUGGGUUAUAAAUUAUUUAGUUGAAAGUAACAAGUUCACAUCUGUAAAAGGAGAACUCAUACCGCAUAUAAUUAAAAAACAGCUUUCAAAGGCUAAGAGCACAACUGAAAAAAAGGUUAUGUCAGAAAAGAAUAUAGAUCUAUCAAAAGAUAUUCUAGAUUAUGCUAAAGAAACUGGAUUUGAAGCUAAAAUUCGAGAAAUGUCAGCGUACAAUGAUCACAAAUUGGGUUCAAAGAGUGUGUACUAUGAUGAUGCCAUAAGGUGCUAUGCUCUUGUUGCUCCAAAAAAUACAUUUGGCAUGAGGAUAAAUACUCUGUCAGCGUUUUACCUUUGUAACAGUAUGAUAUUAUCAAAAUGGGACGACCUCACAGGAUCUCCACUUGAAGAAAGAUUUCACGCAAACAGUGAAGUGAAAACUAAACAAAUAGAUGAAUGCUGCACAGUUGGAGAAAAGAGUGUUGUCAGUGAAAAGACAUCCAUUAAGAGUACAUUUAUUGGAGCAAACUGCACUGUGGAAAACAAAGUUAGACUGACAAAUUGCAUAUUGAUGAACAAUGUCACAAUCAGAGAAGGGUGUGUCCUUCAGGACUGCGUGAUAUACACAGGCGCCACAGUAGACACGGGGUGUUCCUUGCAGUAUUGUCUGGUCGGGCCACACCACCUGGUGCCGGCUUCCACCACCAGCAACCAUCAGCUACACGCCGAAACUACAGAUAAUAUGAUUACUCUUGGAUAGCCGAAGCUAUGAAAUAUAUGUAUUUAUUCUUAG